AUGGACGGGUCCCUCAGCGCGGGCAGCGGCUCGCCUGGCCGGACCACGGCGGGCACGACGACGACGUCGAGCGCCCCGACGUCGUGGGUCGACCUGCGAUCCUCCUGCGACUCUGAAGAGCUCGACCUCGAAUACCUGCGCUCGCACCCCAGCGCCGCACUGCCGCCAUCGCCGUACUCGCCCUCCGACUGGCGCACGCGUCCGUCCGCGCCCACCCCGCACGCCGCCAAGCUGCCCAUCCCCACCGACGACGCCGACUCCGACGCGUGGUCGCCCGUCGAGGGCCCCGCAAGGCCGCCCCUGCCGCGAUCCCGCCUGGCCACCGCCGCAGACCUAUCCGACAUGGUCUCCAACGAGGACUACUACGCCGCGAACGAGGCCUCGGACGCGCCCGCCUCCGCCCCCGUACCGGCCACCCACUCUGCGCCGGCACCCCGCGUACCCAAGGCACAAACACCUCUUACGCUCCCCGACCCGUCCCACUUCCCUGAUCCGUACCCGUCGCCCCACCCUAUGCCUGGCCUCAUCUCGUCCGCAGACUCGUCGUCGGCAUCCACACGCUCGUCGGCCUACACGAGCUUUGGCAGCGCGCUCGCCCAGCAUGACUUUGUGCACGUCCACGCCGGAUCGGACGAGAGCGAGCACCCGCACCCGCACGCCGCGUCCGGCGUGCUCACCGAGGCCGUCCGUCAGGCGUUCAAAUACGACGGCAGCAGUCCGACGGCGUCGCCAUUCCUACCGAAGUCGACGAUGGAAGGGCGUUGGUCAGGGUCCGAUGUGGACGGCGGUGGGACAGGUCUCCGCUCGCGCUCGUCGUCGUUAGGCCGCAUGAAUCAGGACGGCGGAGGUCACCACCCGCUGAGGUUGAUGCCGAGCUAUGACACGAGUUGGCAACCCGUAGACGAGCGGGACGAGUUGUUGAUGACGAGCGAAGAUGAGGACGGAGAGGACGUGUUGGACGAGUACGAGGAAGACGAGCGGGGAGACGAUGACCGGACGGCGGCGAUCGUGGUCGCCGAGCAGGGACGAGGUCUCAUCGUCCGUGCGGAUAGCACGCCCAUCGUGCAGCUCCAGGUGCAACCAGGAACCACGCACUUACUCCUCGGAUCAUCAUCCACCCCCAACGCCCUGCCUGCCUUCCUGACCUCGACGCUCCCCCAGAUCAGCCACUCACUCCUCGCCCUCGACAUCUCCGCCAACUUUCUGGUGGCGCUCCCGCCGGCCCUUCGAGCGUGCACGCGCCUUGAGGAGCUCAACAUCGCCUCCAAUCCCCUUCGCGCGCUCCCCGUAUUCCUCUCUGAGCUUUCCGAGCUUCGUGUCCUCAUCGCGGACGCGACGGGGAUUUCCGCUUUGCCACCUGCCCUCUCCUCCCUCGAGAGGUUGCACACGCUCAGCAUCCGCCGCAACAAGUUCAACGCGCUACCAUCCUGGCUUUGCGCACUUCACUCGCUCCAGAGUCUGUUGGUCAAUGGAAACCCGUUCCAGGGGCCGUGGAAGGCACUGGUCGAACCGCUACUUAUGAAGGAAAAAGACGGCGCUAUGCCCCUGCAAGCGCCGCUGUACACACCCGCCACCCCCGCGUUCUCCAUCCAGUCCUCCGGCGUGUCCAGCAUGCAGAGCACGAGCACCGCCGCGCACGACACCGACACCGACGGCUCCUCGUCCGACCCGCCACUUUCCGCCGUCCCGCCCCUGAGUGCGCGCCCCACGUUCUCGCCGGAGGACGAAGAUACGCUCGUACCGCCUCCACGUGCGCCGCCGCUCGAUCGCAGCGCCACCGCGCCCUCCCCUCUUCCGCCACCCCCGCGCGACGCGCCCUCGCCGACCCUUUCCACGCUUUCCCGGCGCAAAACGGCGCCCAACCGGUCUCAUUUUGAGCGCACGCGCGCGGCGUCGAAAGGCGCCAAGGCGCCGCCUACACCUCCCUCCGCGUCCCCCGCCGGCAUCCCGCCGGCCCCGUACGCUCCCACGGCGGAGCACCAGAUGCGCAAGAUGAAGAGCGCGGGCGACCUGCGGCGAGGAGCCUCUGCCGCUGCGAUCGCGGAUCCCCCGUCGCCUGGCUCACAAGUACCGUAUACCCCCGGCGCUCUGCCCAUCCGUCCCGCACUCUCCCACUAUGUGACGUCUACCUCGAGCGCGAGCCUCUUACGCCCCGCGGCGCAGGCCCCCCCGCAACGGUACGCAAGCCUUGGCGCGACGUCCGGGCUUGCCGCGUUCUCGGGCAACGUGCCGUCUGGCGUGUCUACGCCCAAUUCCGCGCGAUCUUUCUCGCGCGCUGCGCUGGACCAGGCCAUGUGGGACAACAUCUCCGCCGACGAGGACGACGGUGACGUGCCGGAGCGCUCACCGUUCGCGAAGGGCCCUGGACCGACGGGGGUGCGGGAGCGGCCGACCUCGCCGACGCGCUCGCCCCCAUGGGAUCGGGACGGCACGGUACGCGCCUCCAAGGCGGAGAAGGGCGAGAAGGAUAAGGACAAAUCCGGCCGCUGGGGAUUCUUCAAGAAGAUGUCGAUGGGCAAGAUGAAGGACGCGACCACCCCCGGGCGGCAUACGCGGAGGCCGACGACGUCCAGGCCUGGGACAUCAGCGGGUUUGGUUGCCGGCGAGAUUCCCCAGAUCGAUGUACGGCUGUCGACUACGGGCACGAUUAACGCACCGCCAAGCCUGCUCCGAAAUCCGUCAACGGACUUGCUGAAGCAAGGCGCAGGCCUUACGAAGAAACCAUCGGUAGACGCGCUGCGGAUACCACCGAGCUCGGGCGACUUCCUGAUGCCGUCACCGCCCACUCCUCGCUCAGUCAAGCGGAGAAGCUUCCUGAUGCCAGAGGCGGCGCCCUCGCUGGUGAUCCCAUCGGCGUCGUCGUUCAUGCCCGGGCUGUCGGCGACAAACGGAGGCGAUUCGGACGACGCGGCGAGCACCCCCAGCACGCCGUUGCACGACUCGUCCGAGGCGCGACGACGUCGAGAAGAGGAACGCGCGCGGGAGGCGUAUACACGCGCGCUACGCUCUGUGAUGGCAUACCUCCGCGACCUGAACGACCUGAGCCUGCCCGUUGGGCCCCCGAAGGUGCCCACGGUCGGCGAAGGUGCGCGCUCGCGGCGACCGACGCUCGCCGACGGCGGUCGAUCGAUGACUACGGACUCGUCGAUGGCGUCGGACGCCACAGACGCCGGGUCGCUCUUCGGCUCGACGCUCAGUAGCGUCGUGUCCGGCACGUCCAGCCAGCUACGCUCUCCUGACUCGAUGACGCUCUUGCGGAGCGUAUCGACGGCGAACACGCUCAGCAUCGCGACGACGGACAGCGAGGAAUCGUCGGGCCCGCACGAGCGCAAGUUUAAAGACGACAAGUCGAAGCGAUCGAUGAUCGUGCGGGAGAUUAUAGAAACGGAGAGAACCUACGUGAAGGGACUGCAAGAACUAGUGGAUAUCUAUAUAAAGCCAGCCGAAGCACCCGUCAAUACGCUCGCGGGCAGCUCCUCAAAGAAGGAAACGGUUGUUCCUGCGAUAGAGAGGAAGGUGGUCUUCGGCGGCGUUGAAGCGUUGUUCUCCUUCCACAAGGAGAGCUUCUUGCCGGCAUUGGAGCGGGUCGCGAGCCCGCUGAUGCAGCCGAGUUCUGCCCUCGCAACUGCCGACGCUGACGGAUCCCUUUCGAUGGCGGUGGCGAGAAACGUUGCGCAGACAUUUAUCUCGCAUGCCGCGUUCAUGAAGAUGUACUCCACAUAUAUCAACAACUUCGACAACUCCGUCAAUCGCCUCAAGCAAUGGACAACAGAUAGACCUCCUGCUGCGGGGACCAUGAGCCCGCCUUCAGUUAUGUCACCCUCCUCGUCUACCGGCUCGCAGCUAGCUGGGCUUGGAUUACGGAUAUCGGCUUCGGUGGCUGCUGACAGCGCUGCCAUUGAUGGCGCCACAUCAAGCACCAUCUCCCAAGCGCGCCUGUCCUCGGGCCAGCGCAAGCGGAUUAAGGCGUACUUGAAGCGGUGUCGGACAAAUCCGCGCCACUCGCAACUCAAUUUGGAAGGUUACCUGUUACUUCCGGUACAACGAAUCCCACGUUACAGGCUUCUGUUAGAACAACUCGGAGGCAGCACGGUGCCCACGAACGACCAGAUGCAAGACCCACUCGACAAGGCGGUGGAAGAGAUCUCAUCCCUGGCUACGAACAUGAACGAGGGCAAGCGGGAUUCGGAGUCUCGGCGCAAGCUAGUUCAGUGGCAAUCGCGGAUACGCGGCAAAUUCCCUAGCCCGCUAGUCCAGCCUCAUCGUCGGCUGAUCAUGGAUGGGCCCUUGCGAUUGACCCGCGUAGUACGCAAGACCGCGGUCUCGUACGAAGUGGUUACGCCGCAAGGAGAUGCAACAAUGGUCCAAGUGGAAUGCCUUUCACCCGAAAUGACACCCAGAUCUUUGACCGGAAUCCUAUGCAACGACCUCCUCGUCCUUUGCAGAGACCCCUCCGAGGGUCAGGAUACGACGUCUACCGUUGAUCUUUGGGCUGUGCUACGUAUGCAGACUCUACCUCAGCCUGCGAGCAUUGUCCAUGCCAACGUUCUUCGCAUCGUGGACAACAAGGCUGUGCUCUAUUUCGAUGCUCCUUCGCCAUCGGAUGCUUUGAACUGGUAUAGAGCUAUAAACACGUACAUACCGGCGUCCAAAACUUGA